AUGGCAGCGCCAGUGCGAUGGAGCCUGCUGCUGCUUUUCCUGAGUCUUCUUGCCAUCUUCGCAGCAAGCGAGGCUAGUGGGCAAGAGGGGGCAGAUCUGGAUGAGGACGAUGAAGAUGAAGAUGAAUUUCCAGAGUCCGUCAAAACUCUUACUGACAGCACCUUUCAGGAGUUCAUUAAGACCAACGAGCGAGUGCUGGUAGAGUUCUAUGCGCCUUGGUGUGGUCACUGUCAGCAGCUGGAGCCGCAGUACAACAAAGCGGCCGACGCACUGCGAAUGGAAGGAGCGAAAACAAUGCUGGCCAAGGUUGAUGCCACGGCAGAGACUGCGUUGGCUGAGCAAUACCAGGUGCAAUCAUAUCCGACACUUAAAUAUUUUGUGGGAGGAGGGGAUCCUGUUGAUUACGACGGUCCACGUGAAGCAGAUGGCAUUGCGGAAUGGCUCAGAAAGAGAGAAACGCCAGCUGUGGAGGAGAUGAAAGAAUCAGAGGUGGAUGCCUGGGUUCAGAAGCACUUGGAAGCAAAAGCGUUCGCAACUGUUGCCUACGUCAAGAAGAAGUCUGCGCGUGCCAAGGCUUUUGCCAAGGCAGCGGAAAGCCUUGUUGACUACAAGGGCGCAAAAUUGAGAUUUGCAGCAGUAUGGCUGCCAAAAGCGGCCGAUCCAAAGAAGGAUGCUCGCCUUGCGAUCUCACGUCCCUUGGGUGAUCCAGAAGCCAAGAAGCUGGACUUCUCUGGUUCAUGGACGGAUACUGGACUGGCCAAGUGGAUCAAGCAGAGCACAUACGCGCUGGUGGGUGAAUCCUUUACCUUGACCAAAUACUCUGGGGAGGCCAUGCAGGAGGUUGGAGCCAAAGGCUCAGUGAUUGGCAUUUUCGGCGAAGAGGAUGCGGGUAGAGCCCUGGCCAGCCUCAUGCAGAAGGUGGCCCCAGGAGAAUCUCAAUGGCGCUUUGCUACCAGCCCGUCAUCAAAGUUGGAGCAGAGCGACUUGGACGCGCUUGGCGCCAGGCCCGAUACCCUUCCACAGAUCUCAGUGCUGUGUCACGAGAAGAAGUAUGUCCUGAAGGACACGACAGAGGAGGCCCUGAAACAAUUCCUUGCGGACGUGCUUGCCAAAAAAGCCAAGCCGUACUACAAGAGUGCAGCGCCUCCGAGCCAGGCAGUUGAAGAUGGCGUUACAGUGUUGACAGGUGAUACAUUUGAAAAGGUGGUCCUGGAUGCCAAGAAGGAUGUUUUUGUCGAGUUCUAUGCGCCUUGGUGUGGUCAUUGCAAGAAGUUGGCUCCAGUUUGGACGCAGUUAGCUGAGAAGGUGGAGAAGCUUGGUUACGCCAAGAAGGGCGUAGUUGUGGCAAAGAUGGAUGCCACGGAGAACGAGUGCGAGGAGCAAGUUUCAGGCUACCCUUCUCUCAUCUUCUAUCCGGCAGUGAAGAAAGAGAAGAAGUUCCGGCAAAAGCUCAUUUAUCAGGGAGCUCGAGAUUUUGAUCCCUUGCUGGAUUUCCUUGUGGAGAACGCUGUAAAUUUGGAGGGUGUGGAGCUGACGGAGGGUGUGGGCAAGCAAGCUUCGCUCGUAGACCGAGAGCGCUCCAAAAAGAAGAGAAAGCAGGAGCUCUAG